CAAACUGAGGCAUAACGCCGCCUUUCUUCAAUUGCCAAUAGGACUCGAAAAAAACCUCGAAGGAGUGGUUGAUCUAAUUCAUGAAAAAGCAAUCUAUUUCGACGGCGAAUACGGAGAUAUUAUCCGGGAGGAUGAAAUUCCAAAAGAGAUGAGAAGUCAAGCAAAUGAUUUUCGGCAGGAGCUUGUGGAAAGUGUUUCUAAUGCUGAUGAACGCCUUGGAGAGAUGUUCUUAGAGGAAAAAUCACCAUCAGUGCAAGAGCUGAAAGAAGCGAUUCGUCGGGUCUGUCUAAAACGAACAUUCACUCCAGUGAUGCUUGGAAGUGCUUUGAAGAACAAGGCCAUUCAACCAUUUCUAGAUGGAGUUCUCGAUUAUCUCCCGAACCCAGGAGAAGUGGAGAACUAUGCCUUGAGAGAAAAAACCAAAGACGAAGAACCAGAAAAAAUUCUUUUGAAUCCUGUGCGAGAUGGUUCAACGCCAUUUAUCUCUCUUGCUUUCAAACUAGAAGCAGGACGUUUUGGACAGUUGACAUAUCUAAGAUGCUAUCAAGGCAAAUUGAAGAAAGGUGAUUCAAUUAUUAAUGUUCGGACCAAGAAAAAGGUUCGCAUUCCUCGUUUGGUUCGGCUUCAUUCGAAUCAAAUGGAGGAUGUUGAAGACGUAUUUGCUGGCGAUAUUUUCGCAUUGUUCGGUGUCGACUGCGCCAGUGGAGAUACGUUCGUUGUCGACCCAAAUCUUAAUCUGUCACUGGAAUCGAUAUUUGUUCCUGAUCCUGUGGUUUCAAUGUCUAUCACACCUCUAACCACAAAAGAUCGUGAUAAUCUUCCAAAAGGAAUUUCAAGAUUCACAAAAGAAGACCCCACUUUUCAUUAUUAUUUCGAUGAUGAUGUCAAAGAAACCCUAGUCUCAGGAAUGGGAGAGCUGCAUCUAGAAAUCUAUGCACAGAGAUUGGAGAAGGAAUACAACUGUAAGGUGAAACUGGGAAAACCCAAGGUAUCAUUCAGAGAGACUUUAACUCAGCCAUUUGAAUUCGAUUACCUUCACAAAAAGCAGUCUGGAGGACAAGGCCAAUUUGCGCGAGUUAUUGGAGUAAUAGAGCCUUUGCCAGCACAUCAGAACACUGUGAAUAUAUUCAAAGACCUGACAGUUGGAACCAAUGUGCCGAAGCAAUUCAUCCCUGGUGUCCGAAAAGGAUUCGAACUCAUGUGCGAAAGAGGAAUGUUGACCGGACACCGAGUGUCGGGCCUGUUCUUCAAGCUGCUGGACGGAGCACACCACACGGUGGACUCGAGCGAGUACGCGUUCAACCUGGCUGCGCAGGGCGCCUUCAAGCAGGCUUGCCAGGAGGGCCAGUGGAACAUCCUCGAGCCUGUCAUGCUCGUCGAGGUGUCGGCGCCCAUCGAGUUCCAGGGUAACCUCAUAAGUCACUUGAACAAGCGAAGUGGUUUGAUCAUGUCCACCGAUAGUACGGCUGACUGGUGCACUAUAAAUGCUGAGGUUCCUUUAAAUGAAAUGUUUGGCUUUAUUGGAGAACUAAGAUCGUCAACUCAAGGCAAGGGUGAAUAUUCAAUGGAAUACUCUAGGUACACUCCUUGCAAUCAAGCUGUUACUGAAGAAUUAAUAAGGAAAUAUGACGAAAGCCGAGGAAUUGUUCGUGAAGAUGAGAAGAAAAAGAAGAAAAAUUGAUGUUCUCUUCAAAGUAUAUAGACAUGAAGUUUGCUGUUAUUGUCGUUACCAACAGAAAGAAAAGCUAGCAAGACCAACAGUGGUGUUCACAGUUACUGUGAAUGUGGAUCACGUCUGUUUCUAUUUGUGUUGUUACAAAUAAGCUGUAAAUAUUGUAAAUAUAGCUGUUUCAUCAUA